AAGAAAUCUCGCCUGUCUGCUGACGAUGAGGCCAUAAUUAUUAUUACCGCCCUAAAGGAAGCUAAUCUGCCCAAAUUUUUGGCUGAAGACGUUCCACUCUUUGAAAGCAUCAUGGAUGACCUGUUUCCGGGUGUUGUUUUUGAAAAAGCAAAUACCAAGAGAUUAGAGAAAGCGAUAUCUUUGGCAACAAAUGAAUUAGGCCUCCAGCCCUGGGGAAGCCAGACAGAGAAGGUCAUCCAGUUCUAUAAUCAGAUUCUGGUUCGUCAUGGCGUAAUGCUGGUGGGUCCCACCGGAGGAGGAAAGACA